AUGCUCCGCUGCCUCGCCCUCCGCCUGCCGUGCCACCUCAAAAUCCCAGAGCCAUUCGCAGCCGCAGGAGCCGGCACCAAACUCUCCCCUGCCUCCUCAAGCAGAGUGGUCCUGAAACUUGGGAAAAAACAAUCCUAUGGAUCAGCUAAACCAGAGGCCUACGCCGGGAAAGCAGAGAUCAACGUACCUGUCGAUGGGGGGUCGAUGGGCUGCAUCAGAGGCCAACGCGGCCGGACGCACUCCACACCGAUCUCGGCCACGCGCGCCACUGCCUCGGGUGCCUCCACCUCGUGCCCCCGCGGCACCGGCACCCGGCUGUCGAGGAUCUUGCCGGCGGACGCUCCGCUCAGCAGAGCAGCUGCGGCCUCCCCUUGCCCGGCAGAGCAGCAGCGACAGCGGCGCGCAGGAGCUCCUCCAUGGCGCGCCCCCCUGGCAGCGCGCGUUCGCCAGCCGCAUGCAGAGAAGAGUGGUCCUUCUUUCUUAGCCGUGGAGAGCGUCGAGCGCCAGCACCAAGCUGCCACCCGCCUCUCCAGUUCCCCGCCCCAUCCGGCGGUGCUGCCCUCCCCGCCGCUGUCGCACAACUCGGCGGCGGCGGCGGCGAACGCGCGCUGGACGCCGACCAAGGAGCAGAUCGGCGUGCUGGAGGUGCUGUACCGGCAGGGGCCGCGCACCCCAACAGCCGAGCAGAUAUAGCAGGUGACGGCGCGGCUGUAGAAGCACGUCCCCAUCGAGGGCAAUAACGUCUUCUACGGGUUCCAGAACCACAAGGCCCGGCAGCGCCAGCGGCAGAAAAUCCGGCAGAAGCAGCAGGACGCAGACGCCGAUGUUGUGCCCGAGAGUGGAGACGGUGGCGCAUGACAAGGUCCCGACGCAAGCACCGAACAACGCCGGCACUCAACAACCACGCGCGAUCCAGUUCCCUCCGGCCGCCGGCACCCACGGGGCGCCGGACACCAGCUCCCGCCGUCCCGAGACCCUGAACCCAGGGGGCAGCGCAGCAGCGGCGGCCUCGGCGAGGUGGCCACGGCGGCGCUCAGCAGAGGAGCUGCGGCCUCCCAUCGCCGAGCGCCACAACCAGCGCCUUCUUCUUCUUCUUCCCAUCACCACCGUCGUCACCAAGUUGGGCCGUCCUCCCAUUGCCGACGACGAUCCUGGACGUGUCCAGUAGCUGCCUGCACGGGCUGCGCGCGGCGAGUUCUUCGCCGGUCAAUCUGCCGCCGGUGCCGCAGAGCGUCCCUGAGCAGGGUACGAUGUCGCAGGAGCAGUUACUCUUAGACGCGCAGGCCCACGGCAUGGUGUUGUUGUAGACGAGGUGCCUCCCGUCGAAGCGGCCGGCCGUCGCCCCCAGCACACGACGGAGUACUUGCUCAUCAUGACUGCACACACCGUGUCGCCGUCGGCCUCGAUGGACACGAAGGUGGUGUGCCUGUGCUCCUCCGGCACCUUCACGCCCCAGCACCUCACCGUGCCGUUCCCAGCGAGUAUGCACGUGGUGUUGCGGUCGAGCGCCAUGGCCAUCAUGUCGGCGGCAUGCCACCGGCGUAGCACCUCAUGGCGGUGUCGUUGCCUUUCACGAUGCCGCAGAGGAAGUCUUGGCCGAGUGCGGUGAGGGAGAAGUCGAGGCCCUUGGGGAGGGCAAGGCCGGGCCACUCCCAGCAAGUGGGGUCAUGGUCGUCGGAGAGGCCGCAGACGUGCGGGUCGCCGCCGGACAUGGAGCGGAGCGAGGGGCCCCAGUAGAUGCGGCGGCCUACGGGGCAGGACCAAUUGGCCGCCUCCUCCUCGGAUAAGGACCACCAGCGCAUGGCGGCGCCGACGGGUGCCAUGAGGCCGCAGAGGAAGUCGUUGCCGCGGCGAUGGCGUUGAAGGGGAUGUCGGCGGAGGGGUAGGACGUGAGGCGGCCGUCGGGCAGCGACUUGCACUGGAGCUUGGAGCUGCCGCCGCCAUCCUCGUUGACCCUGUCGACGAUGAGGGCGCAGACGAGCGUGCUGUUGGCGGUGUGGGAGAUGACGACGGUGGAGAGCUGGCGCGGCGAUGGCGGUGCGGCGUGCGCGACGCCCGCGGAGACGGCGAGGAGGAGGGCCGUUGUGCUGGUGGCGAGGCUGAGGCCGAAAUAUGAGCAUUGGGAAUGAGAGGGAGAAGACCACAUGGAGCUUCGCUUUGGUUUGGUUUUGCUUGGAUUUGAUUUCUGGUUGGUGGCUUGUCUUUCUGUUUUUGUUUCGGCGUUGUAUAGGUAUAAAAACGCAGUUUAACUGCACAUCAGCCAGCUGAUGCGAAUUCGACGUCAAUCGAUUUCUGAAUGAAUAAAGGAAGAGAAUGUGUCUA